AUGGAGGCCUCUGUGCUGAGCCCCACGUCCUGGGAGAAACGGCAAGCUUGGCUCCGUCAGAGCCGUAACUGGCAAACGCAGGUCCUGGAAGAGGAAGCUGCAGCCGCCCUGCAGGAUGUCCCAGACCCAAUGCCUUCCAGCCUGGAUGAUGUUUUCCAUGAAGGAAAUCCAGUCAACAAGAUUGAAACCUGGCUGCAGGGCUGCGGAGACUCUGAAGAGGAGGUUUCUGAGGUAUCUGGACAACCCAUCUACAACGGGUUUUCCAGCCAUGGAACCAGUUUUGAAGAUGACUUGAUGCUUGGAGCAGAGGCCACACUGCUGACUGCUAAUGACAAACUCUUCUCCAGGAGUUUCCUCCAGACAUCCAAGCCUUGCCAGCUACUUGAUCUUGGCUGUAGCUUGGCUUCUAGCUGCAUGACUGGUGGAACCAACAAGACUAGCUCAAGCAUUUCAGAGAUUCUGGAUCAGGUGCAAGAGGAUGCAGAAGAUGUACUCUUCAGUCUAGGGUUUGGCCAAGAGGACCACAAAGACACUACUCGGAUCCCUGCAAGAUUUUUCACCAACCCUUCUCAGGCCAAGGGCAUCGAUUUCCAGCUCUUCUUGAAGGCGCAGGUGCAAAGGAUUGAGACAGAGGACCCCUGCCUCAUGCUGGCCAGCAGGUUUAAGCAGGUGCAAACACUGGCUGCUACUGCCGAUGCUUUCUUCUGUCUCUACUCCUACGUGUCCAAGACACCAGUUCAAAAGUUCACACCAUCCCAUAUGCUCUGGAAUUACAACCCAACUGAUGUGCCAUCCAUCAGGAUUCUGGCCCCAGAGCCCGAACCCCACUCACCUAGGGAGCGCCUCCGGAAAGCUAUCUCCAAAAUGUGCCUGUACACAGGUUCCCGAGACCAGCUGUCCUCAUGCCACAACACCUACAAAAGGAACAGUUUGGACCAAGUGGUUUGGGAAGUGAUGGACAGAGUGCGAGGAGAGAAGCUAGUUCUCCAGCAAGUCUCUGAGUCUCGCCAAGGUCCACAAGAAAGUAGUGAGUCCCCCAUAGGAGCCACAAAGCUGCCCACUUCUUCCUCUCCAAGUACCCUUGGUCCCAAAGUGGAAACAUGGCAAGAGAUGUCCACAGGGCUGGCACUAUCACAAACUCUGGGUUCUAACCCCGAGGAACCCUACUGCACACAUUCUCUACCAAAAGCACUUCCACCAUGGAACAUAAACCCUACACAGGUAAAACGAGAACUGUGUGGCCCACAGUCGACUAAUAUGGAAGCACAUUCAGCCAAGAAUGGGACUUUCUGGAAUAGAAAGACCAAAGCAAGAAAGAGCCUAUUUCAAAAAAGUCCACUGGACAAGAAGGUAGAAGAGUCACUGCAUCUGUCCGUCAUCCAGCAAAAAUGGAAGAAAAGUCAAGACAGAACAGAACUGCCCCAAUCCCUAACCCAGAAGCCUCAGCACACUUCUGACUCAGAAGAGGUGAGUGAAUUGGAGGUGAGGGAGAGGCUGGAAGAGAAAAGCUCUGAAUGCUUUUGCACAGGGUGA